AUGCAGGGAGCACGCCAUGGAGAUCUCUCUGCGUCCAAUCUUGAGUUUCAGAUAAAACCUGGCAUCUCCAGGACACCCACCUAUACAGCUCGUUCCAAUAUGGCUGACAAGAAGGCCAGAGGAACAAGUUCAUUCUGGGAAGCAGCUGCUACGAUAAUUGCAGGGGCAUGCGCAAACUGCUUUGCUCCUCACCGAUCAAAAAUUAGGGAGGGUCAUGUUAAACCUUCAGAGGAUGCUCAUGAUGUGUCCACUAGUUCCACAGUCUCAAGAAUUUCAUCAGUAAGCAGCACAAGCACUAGCCAGCACAAGUCAUGGCCAGACCAGUUCUCAUUUCAGGAAAUCUGCCUGGCUACUUCAAACUUCAGUGAACAAAACAAAAUUGGGCAAGGAAAUUUUGGCACUGUGUACAAGGGGAAGCUCAGGGAUGGAUCCAUCAUAGCUAUAAAGCGAGCUAAGAAGAAUAUGUAUGACAGGCACCUAUCUGCAGAAUUCAGAAGUGAAAUCCAGACACUAUCGAAGGUCGAACAUUUAACCUUGGUGAAGUUUCUCGGGCACCUGGAGCACGAGGAAGAACGCUUAAUCCUACUUGAGUAUGUCAGCAAUGGAACACUCCGUGAACACUUGGAUGGAUCACGAGGGGAACCAUUGGAAUUUUCUCAACGUCUCAACAUUGCCAUCGACAUAGUUCAUGCUGUUGCCUACUUACAUGGAUACACAGACCACCCAAUCAUCCACCGUGACAUCAAAUCAUCCAACAUUCUGCUAACUGGCCAGCUGAGAGCAAAGGUGUCCGACUUCGGCUUUUCGCGCCUAGCCCCGGACGACGCUGAAGCCACCCACGUCUCGACAAUGGUGAAGGGCACGGCAGGAUACGUGGACCCUGCGUACCUGCACACGAACCACCUCACCGACCGCAGCGACGUCUACUCCUUCGGCGUCCUCCUCGUCGAACUCAUCACCGGCCGACGCCCGAUAGAGCGCAACCGCGGACGCCAACAGCGCCUCACGACCGAAUGGGCGCUGCGGAAGAGCAGGGAGGGCGAGGUGGUGGUGGCGAUGGACUCCCGGAUGCGCAGGACCAGCGCGGCGGUCGCGGCCGUGGAGAGGGUGAUGGCGCUGGCGGCCGUGGAGAGGGUGAUGGCGCUGGCGGCCGAGUGCACGGCUCCGGACCGUGCGGCGCGGCCGGCCAUGCGGCGAUGCGCCGAGGUGCUCUGGUCUGUCAGGCGCGACUUCCAGCACGAGCAGCAGCGAGCCGCUGGCGCGGGAAAGUUGCGGCGCCAUGGCUCCACCGGUGCCGCCACGUACGGGUCGUCAGCAGUUCGGUCAGUCGGGAGUUUGAAGUAGUUGGAGAGGUCCAGAUGCAGGAUGCUUGCAUUACUUGUACGGAGUACUCCGCAUUACCGCUCGACGUGUGAUUAAGUGAUUUUGACAACCGUGAUGGUACUGAUCAUGGAAGUAUUGUCCAAGUUAGGGUGUCUUUGAUUUGGAGGAUUUAAAACAGAAAAAAAAGGGAUGAGAGCAAUUCUUGCAAAUUUCCAAGAAAACAAAUUUUGAAUCUU